UUCUCCGGAUGUGUUGCAUGUACGGACCCGGCUUCUGCUUUGUUUACUUUUUAUUUUACAGCCUCAACUCUACCAGCAAAUCUCUUAUUAGUAACCUUUUCAAACCCCCAGCUCUCGUCUAUCGCUCUCGUUUUUCGUUUCCAUCUAUGACCUCCUCUUUUAAUGCCAAUAUAUAUUUAUUUUACCUUUUUGAACGUACAGGCGCUUAGGGAGGUGUAGCCAUGUCCGCUGAGCGACAGAUGUUCCCGUCGCUGUUCUCUCCGCCGCCUUUCGUUGCAGUCGGAGCGGUAGAUAGUGCCGUGGAGCCUGUGGUCAUUCCCCAGUCAGAGGUAGAAACAUUCAGGAUGUUCCUGAACGAGCGGCUGACGGCAGCAGUGGAGGACAUUCUGAGCGUGUUCGGGAAGACGGUGGCUCGGUACCAGGAACAGAUAAACUGCCAGCAGCGGGAGCUGGACAGCCUGAGGUCCCGGGAGCGCGAGUGGAGCCGGGCAACAGAUCCUCUGCAGGACUCAGCCUGGAUGAAGAAAUGUCCUGAACACCAGAGCCUUGAUGCCCCACUGUUUCAUACCGACAAUCUUAUUGAGAAAGUCGUCGACACCUCAGCUGCUCCGAUUAAGUCAGAAGGUGUGGAUGAGGACUGUGGAGAGUCGACAACAUGCCAUGACCCUCAUUUAACACACCAGCUGGAUCCAGAAGUAGCGAGUGAUGACCGAGUUAUCUGUGAGGACUCUGACACAGAGAACAGCGAGGACGGCUGGAGAGACGAUGCCACGUUGUGGAAAUCAGAGGAAAUGGAAGAAAAUAAAGAUCAGAGUUCCAGUUCAGAACCUCAGGCCUCUACUGAUCUGCCACAGUUUGGCUGCCAGAUUUGUGGCAUCACCUUCCAGAAGAUGGGCUACCUGAUCACCCACGCUGCAGUGCAUCAGGAAAACUGUGGAGUUUGUGGAAAACAGAUGGAACAAACGGAAAGCAUCAAGCUUCACCUGAAAGCUCACAGAGAAACGUCAUUCCGCUGCAGCGUCUGUGGGCAGAGCUUCACGCUGCGGGGGAACCUCCGCAUUCACAUGAAGAUCCACUCGGGCGAACGGCCACACAGCUGCAGCAUCUGCAGCAAGAGCUUUGGCCGGCGUGCGUCGCUGGUGCGCCACGUGCGCAGCCACAUGGGCGAGAAGCCGUUCGCCUGCAUGUACUGCGGCCACAGCUUCACGGAGAAGGGCAACCUGACGGUCCACCUGCGGACACACACAGGAGAGAGGCCGUACCGGUGCUCCAUGUGCGCUCGCAGCUUCAGCCAGCUGUCCAGCUUCUAUAAACACCCGUGUCAGAAGAAAGGCCUGAUCUGUUCCGCCAUCACUGCCACCUGACAGCUGGGACAUGUGAGCGGCUGCAGAAGGGCUUCCUCUGUGAAACAGAGUAAAGUAAUGGACACUUUUAUCAAAGGAACAUUUCAUCAGGGUUUAUUGAUAACUAGAAACCUUUUUUCAUUCUCUCUGUUUCAAAUAUAUCAGUCAUUUCAUUUUAAUUUUAGGAUUUUUUGUCUUCAAACCAUAGAGUUAAUAUGCAUAAAUAUUUAUUCCAUAGCUUUUUGAACAGCUGUGGAAGCAGUAACUGAGCCCUGCUCUUUGUAAUUACAGAUAUUUUUUGUUUAGUUUAUUAGAUUUACAAGGAAAAGCAAUUUUGAAAAACUUGAUCAAAAAUCAAAAAUAUUGAAGAAAAAAAACUUCAGUCACUUUUCUCACCAGACAUUGAUGCCACAUAGUGGCGGUUUCUGUUAUGGGUAACAUGAAACCGCCUAGGGUGGCAUCUUGUGGGGGCGGCAUGAGACUCCCCCAUAUCUCCAUCCCCAGUUAGCAGUUUUUUACAUCUUUGUUUUGUUGUUAUUUUGGAUUUCGUUCCCACUAACAUUUAUUCUUGUAAAAUGUUUGGAUCUGAUUCAUAAUGGUCUCAGUUGUUGAAACACUCAAAAUACUGGAGUAUCUACAGUGAUGUGAAAGGCUUUAAAGAAACCAUCAUGCAAAAUCUAAUCUUUUUACUAUUCUACCUCAGUUUUUACUUGGAAUUUGUGUUGUGUAGAAGAGAUGCUUCAUAAAAAAAUAUGGGACCAUUUAUAGUGAAAGGUUUAUGGUAAAUUGUCUCAACCGUGGGCUGCUCAGUGGCACAGUUG